UACGUCCUCUCUUGCCGUCACAACAGUCCGCGAAAUCGAGUGAGUAGCACAACGUACAAUAAUUUACAGUUAUUUCGAACUUUUCCUAAACACGCGUCGAACUGGGUUGUCAAUUAUUACCAUAUGAAAUAAGAAAAUCUUCAUUGUUACAAUGUGGAUGAUAAUCCAAGACAUAGUAGAGACAAAUACUCAAGAAGUGGACCACUUUCGUUGAAGAGAAAAAUCUCCAAACCCAUCGACCUGGUCUACCAUUAAUGAACUCUUCCACUGAACACUAAAAUGCGAUUGUGUCAUCCUGAUGUCCACGACGAUAUAUCAUUGGAUCAACUGGGGUCUGAUGUUAUUAAGCUAUGUGGCCAGUCUCUCCUUGUCUGGAGUGAUCACGGGAAAGAUUAUCAAGGCCAUAAUUUCACCGGACAGUCGCCUCCUGUUCAACCAGUUUCAUCUUCGCCAACACCAAUCUGAAGAUAACCCAGGAAAUCGUAUUCGAAUCCUGUGUUGGGUGCUGGCCACGUCUGACAAGAGAGUAAAUGCAUUGGCUGCCAAGAAGACGUGGGGUAAGAGAUGUGACAAGUUCGUCAUCGUCAGCGAUGUCGCGGAUUCGGAUCUGGGAACGGUGCAGGUAAAAUCGCGUUUACAAAAUGGAAAGGAAGUCCUUUGGCUGAAAACAAGAGAAAGCUUCAAAUAUCUCUUCGAUAUCCACCUUCAGGACUUCGACUGGUUCCUUAAAGCUGAUGUUGAUACAUAUAUUAUUGUUGAGAACCUGAGAUAUGUGUUGACGCUCUACGAUCCAGACUUUCCAAUUGCUCUGGGAGAACGCGCCAAUGUUGAUGGCAACUCUAAUUACAGUUUCUUAUCGGGUGGCUCUGGGUAUGCUUUGAGUCGAGCUGCUCUGAAGAUAUUCGGCGAAGUUGCAUAUCCCGACACAAAUCCCUGUCAAGCAAGAGCUAUUGCCAAUGAGGAUGUCAUGAUGGGUCAUUGCAUGACGAAAUCUGGGAUCAUGUUGGGUGAUACAAGAGACGAACUCGAGAGGCACAGGUUCUAUCACAACAAACCCGAAGAUUAUAUCGAAGGCAAAUGGCGAAAAUGGUUUCCAUCGGUGAUGAAAUACAGAUAUGACAAGGCGAGUUCACAUAAGAUUAAGUUAUGGAUGAACGUUAAAUUCACUCGCUCUGGAAAAUGGGGAAUCAACAGUUUAUCUGAAACGACCGUAUCGUUCCACACCUUGAAGAACGCAACCAGUCUCUACCUCCUUGAAAACUUGAUUUACGAAGUGAAGGUCUCAUCGUGCGAUUAA